AUGUUACACUAUCUCAACGCUGCCCGGUCGUCUGAGAAGGCUCUGUCACUCCCUCGUGCCGCCCUCCUCUGGAGCCCCUGGGUCGAUCUGACCCGCUGCAGUGGACAAGGCCGCAUCCCAUCCCCGUCGCGACAUGGACUACCUCUUCGCGAACUUGGUCGCAACAACCGGAGCCAGUUCAACCUGACCCUUCCCGGGGACAAGUUCGCGUAUAUCUCUCCGCUCAGAAACGAGUUCUACUCUCCGACUCCGGUCUUCGUGCAAACAGGCACGGCGGAGCUUUUUUAUGAAGACCAUAUGCAGUUUGCGCGAGGCAUGGAGAAUCGAGGCACGAAGGUUGAAAUGGUCGAGAUUUUGAAUGCGCCGCAUGAUACAUUCGGAGCGGGGAUGUUGGUUGGGUUUGCGAAGGAGGCGGAGGACGCGGCGCGGAGGGCGGCGAAGUUUGUAGAUGCUGCGGUCUGA